AAACUCUCUUCAGAGACUCAAUAUCGACGUCACGAUGCCUCGAUCAAUACCCAUUUCUACAGCGGUGAUACCCCGCUUCCUCCUCCCUAGACAAGGAUCAUUAUGGCUUCAACCAGCAAACGUUCGAAAUGUUACCACCAGGGCCCCAAAAGCUGCGCCCAAACCAAAGGGUCCCAUAGUCCUCGAGAAACCUGCCAAAUUCAAUCCUCCUUCCCACCCACAACGAAGGGCUAAACCAGCACCAAGAUAUCCAGGCCCAAAUCUUUCUGCAGAAGAGACAGCGCGGAUGGCGACAAAGAAAUACCCAAAUAUGAUGCCAUCAGAGGGAACUUGGGCGCACUGGUUCAUCAACAACAGGACCGUCCAUAUGUAUAUAACUUUGGUAAGUAUAUAUUCGCUAUAUUUUGUGCCUACUUGUGCUAGGCACAUUGCGUUACGAACAAUUGCCAAUUUUCUCCCAAUGAAUUUUGCUUUCUGCUUUCAAGAAGACUCGACUAAUUCCACCAAUAGUCUACGUUACUCGGUCUCGCUGGAUUCGUCUGGUUCAGUAACUUCCGACGGAAUUCUCCCUAUACUCAUAUCCUCCCAGAAGGCAAAAAUUGCUUCCUCCACCCAUUUUCUUCCAUAAGCACUUUUUUCGAAGUCGUAAAAUUGACGAGCGAUUACAACACCAUCCAAGUCAUGGAAAGAAGGAAAGCAAAAGUCGAAGAUGUGAGGAAGAGACACGAGUACCGAAAAGCGCAUGGAUUCGAUAUGGAUGAAGGCUUUGGUGGCUGGACUGCUAAGAGUGAUGCUCAGACUCUAGGGCCUGGAAUUCUGCUCGGGGAUGGAACAGCGGACGAAGGGGCUACUUCUACGGAUGGAGCUGCAGCUGGAGAGGAAAAUAAGCAAGUGGCGAGGCAACCUAGGCCGCCAGUCAAGAAGUGGCUUGGUAUUUGGUGAGCUCAGAGCUCUGAAGCUUGUAAAAUAAGACCUCGCCUAUUGUAAAAUACGUGGAGAUACAAAUACGCCUCUCAGGAAUUGAGCUUACUCAAGGUGAGGAACCUUGCGUUUGCUUGAGCGGAGUCUGCCAUGUUACCCCCUCCUCUCCCCCCGCCUUUCCCCCCCUUUUGCGCCCUUUACAUUCAGAAAGUAAUGCUUUGCGAUUAUGCAACUAGCCCGAACUCUUUCGCGGGGUAUAUAAUUUUCUCCCAUCCCCUCAAAUUUCACAUCCUCAUGUCAAAACCUCAUGUAACUUACCUCAGCCCUAUGCACAGCUCUAUCAAAGUAUUAUGUAGCUUUCUUUUGAAUUCCUAUCAAACAUUGAG